GGAACGAGCGAGCGAGUGAGCGGCAAAUGCCAAAUGGGUAAGACACGCGGCUAAACAUAGUGCCAGCGAUUAGCGGCAGCCAGCACUUGGCAUCCCCACACGCAGCGUGACAAUGGUCGGUAAGAUGAUGGCAAAAACGAGAGACAAGAAUGAGACGGAGAGGAAGAGCGAUAUCCUGCGGCAUAUGUGCGAAUACUGCGGCUACAGGACACGCAUUCGGGGCAAUCUGAUGGUCCACAAGCGGCGACACACCGGCGAAAAGCCCUUCAGCUGCGACACGUGCCAGGCAAAGUUUGCGGCCCGCUAUCAACUGAACACGCACCGGGAGCUGCAUCUGGACGUGAAACUGCGACGCAGUCGCCACAUGUGCAAGGAUUGUAAUGUUGGAUUCUUGAGUGCGCGCGCCCUCUACCAUCACCGGCCACUCCAUGGCCCGGGGAAGCGGUUCAAGUGCUCACAGUGCGACAAAUCCUAUGCCCAGGCGGCGGGCUAUGCCCAGCACAAGCGGUGGCAUCGUCAGCGUAAUCAGCGUGCAACGGCUGAAAGCUCCAUCGAGAUAAAGAUGAAUUUGGGAAGCCAGAGCCAAGACAACGAUGCUGCAUCAGUCAAUUGUUAAUUAUCUAUAAUGCUUUCCUAUGUAAUGAAUAAAUGUACCUAAAAAACCGAA